AUGGUAGAUCUUAUCUGUCUUGUAAUAAUUUGAAGGUCAUAAGUUCAUUUCUUCUAAGGUAAUCAUAUGCUGAAUAAUGUUUAAGUAACAUGCUUUAAACGAGACAUAAGUGCUUGAGUGCUGGAAAAAACAAGUCCUCAUUAAGCACAACACAUUGUAAAGGCAUAUAUGUAUAAUAUCUUAAACAAUGCUUUUUCCUCUAUGUAUAUAUAACAAUACGUACCUUGUAUAUACCCCCACAACAAUUCUUAAUCUCACAAUCCUUUAAUCCAAAAAAAUGAACACCAAUUCAAGAACCAUAUUCUUUUGGAUAUCUGUCACUACCAUUGCUCUUCUUUCCAUCAUACUUUCUUUCUACAACACUAACUCAACCAUAACUACUGCCAUCUCUUUACCUGGCUUUCAAGUCACUUUUAUCAAAAGGGUCGUUGAGAAUAGUGGAAUUUAUGAGUUAUUCUCUUUCAUAACCCAAAUCUCCGGUCAUCACCAUCAUCACCACCACCACCAUCAUCACCACCAUCAUCACCAGAAGGCCACCUGUGUCAACAAGUGGAACUCUUGUCUUGUAUCAGAAUACCGGGUGUCACUUGUUUUGACCGUUGACCAAGAGGGUUGUGGGAACUUCAGCAGUUUACAACAGGCAGUUGAUGCUGUUCCUGAUUCUAGCGUUGGUGCGACUCUUAUCAUUCUUGAUUCAGGAACAUACAGGGAGAAAGUGACAGUGAACCAGAGUAAAAGCAAUUUGAUAAUUCAAGGCCAGGGUUAUCUCAACACAGAGAUCACAUGGAACGACACUGCAAAUUCAACUGGAGGCACUGUUUACAGCUCGACAGUUUCCAUUUUUGCUCAAAAGUUCACUGCUUACAACAUCAGCUUCAAGAACACAGCUCCUCCCCCAAACCAAGGCGCAGUUGGAGGACAAGCAUUGGCACUAAGAAUUGCAGGUGAUCAAGCAGCUUUUUAUGGGUGUGGGUUUUAUGGAGCUCAAGAUACUCUUCAUGAUGAUCGAGGAAGACAUUACUUCAAAGAGUGUUUCAUUGAAGGAUCGAUAGAUUUUAUUUUCGGAAAUGGUAGAUCACUUUAUGAGGAUUCUACACUGAACUCCAUAGCCAGUGAUGCCACGAAUGAUGGUGGGAUUACCGGAGCAAUAACAGCACAAGGGAGGAGCUCCGAGAAUGAAAAAACCGGGUUUUCGUUUGUGUCUUGUAGAAUAGGAGGAAGUGGUAGGGUUUGGCUUGGAAGGGCGUGGGGUCCUUAUGCAACUGUGGUGUUCUUGAAAACCUACAUGUCUCAAGUUGUUUCUUCUGAUGGAUGGAAUGACUGGAGAGAUUCCUCUAGAGACCAGACUGUUUUUUAUGGAGAAUAUGGGUGCUCGGGUCCUGGAGCAAAUAGCACAUCUAGGGUCUCAUAUGCAAAACAACUAAGUGCAGAAGAAGCGAAUCCAUUCAUGGAUAUCUCCUUCAUUGAUGGAAAGGAAUGGUUAUCAGAGUCAAAGUUGGUCAACACCAUUUAAGACAAGUCGUAAACGUUAUUAAUAUAGUGGUGUUAAUACGACAUGCAGUAAUAAGCGAUCGAGGAUUACAGAACAAGUGAGAGACAUCCAUCAAUUUAUUAAUAAAGUAGUUUCAUAUCAUAUUGUUCAUAUCACGUCAGCGUUUUUUUUUUGUUGGGUGAAACAAAAUCAUUACUUAGAUAUUGUUGAUAAUGAUAUUGCAUACCCAAAGAUCAGUAACGAAUUUGAUACAUUAACAUAAUUUAUAAAAUAAUUUCUGCUAC